UUCAAGAUGGCGGCCACCUGGGCUGUCACUCUCUUGCUUCUGGGAUACUUUUCCGUGUGUGAUGGCGCCGUGUGUGCGUCACGCCGUCGAUACAGCAGCUACAGCAGCAUCUACUACACGACGUACAUUACCUGUUCCUACAGAUGCUGCGGGUCAUACACAAGACGUUACUGCUGCAGCUCAUCAAGUGGGUACUCCGCUGCGUACGUGGUGGGAGCCAUCCUGACCGUCAUGUUGGUCGCCUUUAUCGUCGCCAUGAUUAUUAAGAAGAAGAAGAGACCUGGACGUGUUGUCAGGCCCAUGCCACCUCCGUCUCUAGUGUCGUACACAGGCGUAUCAGGGGGCAUCGCACCUGGCUACGGAGCACAACCUGUCAGCCACUACCCAAUGCCCCCACCCUACAAAGCCCAUGACCCUCCACCCCCAUACGGUUACACAAAUCCAGCGUACCCCCCUGGACAAAACUCUAACGGCGGACAGAUAAAUACUCGGACGCUACCUCCAGGAACUAUUCAUCCCCCGCCGUCCAUGCCACCACCCGCAUGGCAAGCCCCACCCCCGGGCCCCCGCCGCAGAGUGACAACCCACCGAUGCCACAGCCCGACCCUUCUACAUCGUCACAAUCUCACCCUCCUCCAACGGCACCAUCAUUUGAAGCUCCACCCCCCAACCGACCACCCGUCGCCACGGCUCCAGGGGCUUCAGGUAUCCACCCACCCCCAGCGUACCUCCCUCCACUUGACCAGGUACCAGCGACGGCACCACCCACUAAAGGAGGGCUAUGAGAGUGGUCAUGAAAAUGUCGUGAAUGUUGGAAGAAGCUCUGGGAGCAUUAGUCAGCGUAUAUUAUUUACAGAUUGGGGUGUACAUCGAAUGUUUUUCAUUUGGAUUUCAAAAGUUUAAGUGAACUCUUUUAAACGUUUAUUAGUCUGUGCAUCGUUGAUUCAGGCACGACCUUUGUACCAGUAUUUACAGGAGAACCACUUCCUGGAACCAAUGUUCCACUGGGUGCUUCAAGAAUAAGAAGACAGUAUUAUCCAGGCACAUAUGAGCCUUAUCGAGCGCUUCCCACAACCUACUGUGAUAAUAUUCUAUGCAAGUUUAUAUCUAUAUAUCAUGUUUUUUACACUGUGGAAUCAAUUAUUCGUCAUCCACAUAUUCGACAAGGACUAUUGACUUACUGUAAUAAUCCGCAGCGUUACAUAAGUUGGUGAAUUGGAAAGAACAGAGUGAUUCUUAGCAAGGCUGAGAAUUGACACACAUCGUCAGUCAGUGGUCAGAUGUUAAAACUCCGUAUAAAAAUGACACGCAAAAUAUCGUAACAAUCAAAUAUGCUGAAGAAGAUUUUAAGUAUGUAACCCACGACUGAAUUUGUCGAAUUUAAUCCGAAAGGGCAAAAAUACACGAAAUCUUAGCAACAAUAAUUCAUGUUACAGAGUUGCGUCCCUUACCCGCAAAAGGACCCGCUUGUUCGUAUUCCAAAUUCAAUCUAGUAUGUUUAGCACGAUAUCAGAAGCAAAAAACGUGUAUAACUGUUUGUCUCGUCACGCAUCAUGUUGACACGUCGACAUAUGACUUAAGUGCAAUUUAGACUUAAGUACAAUUUAGACUUAAGUAAAAUAUUUUCUGUAAAACAGCAUGAAUAUUUAAAAAGUGUUUUGAUUCUGCCUUGUCACAAAAAUUGUGCUAGUGUUUCCAAAACACCACAGAUAUUGUACCCAAUUACAACAUUGCUAGCAAAAUAUUUAUGGUUUUAUUGGGAAAAGUCCCAAAUCACCAGGUGUGUACUUUCUUAUGUACGUGAGUAUAUUUCAGUGUAGGACGGAAUGCAUUUCGAAGACAGUGUGGUAUGGCAAGCAUUAAGCGUUAAGUUAUAAUGACACUUAUUUCAUUAUCAAUAUUGAUCACUAUUUUAGAAAGUGGUCACAUGUUACAGUUUCUUAAGAAAAUAUAUGCACAAAAAUAUCGCUGACUUUGGGUGCUGACACUGGUGAGAUCUGGGUUCGAAUCCCGGACCGGACUCAACCAAACAUAACUACAAUUUGCCUUUUAUUAAGAAACUGUAAUACCAAAUGUAAUUUUAACCAACUUUAGUUUUAUUUAUAUUUAGAUAAAAAAUGAAUUGGUUUUUUUUUGUAUAUACAGUAUGUAAAUGAUUGCCUAGUUUUCCAGGAUUUGCUCCCGGUAAAAUUAUGGCAAGUUAGUCAUAUACGACUAAAAUGGGGAUCGGUUGUCAGAAUAGUUGCUGUGCACAAACAGAAGAUGUAAAUAUUCUUGAUUUGUGAUAUUUUAUCCAUCACUCAGUCAGUCGGACUAUUUUGUAAAAGAUUUUAAAAUCACAUCGAAAACACCAUGAUUUGCCUGGUCCAGACUAUAUCCCACUAACUGUAGCCGUAAUAUUGCUGACUACAGGAUAGAACCACAUUCCCCUCACUCACUCACUUUACUCACUCAGACGUGGUGUGUAGAAGAGUGUGGAAGUAGCAAAGGAAGAGAGAGAGUUAAAACGUACGGUCACAUUUGCAUUGUUCGAGAGGCACAUGUCGACGGGAACAAUAUUUAAUAGCAAGGAGCUUGUCAUAUAAGUACAACAGAGUUUUUCAAACAUAUUUCAGCAUAACAAUAAUAUUUACAGGUGCUAAAAUAUAAGCGGAUGUGAAGUUAAUUUGGGGUGAAUGUUUACCAAUUUGUGUCUAAAUUGUGAACAUAUGUGAUAUACAAACACCAUUGUGUCGACGUUUGAGAGAUCCACAAACUUCGGCACAUCCAUGUUAACUCAGUAAGGUAUACAUAGAAACCAAGCUUUUACUUCGAGCCAACUGUAAGUUGGACACAAUUGAGUUCGACACAAUAGCUGUACUGGACAAUAUUUGUACUCCAGUGUCUUUCAUUUUCAUAUCUUCAAGAAAAUAUUGGUUUUAUAUACAGUGUUACACCGUCUUUACCACAAUAAACUCCUGCUUGCACUUUAUUACUCGAACACUUUGGAUACAAAUACGAGAAUUGUAAAAUUGUACUCCUGUCAAAGAUACUCCGAAACACCAGAUAUCUCAGAAAACGUUAUUUUUUCCUGUGUCAUUAUGUGUCAAGACCAUAUCAUAAUUGAACCAACUGAACUGGAAGUGCCGUCAAAUGUAAAAUGGCGAUUUCGGUAAACGAAAUAUGCAGUAGUAUUACUACAGCACACUAAGGUCACAGAAGAUAUAAUGUCCAAAAUGUGUGUAUGCAACAGUUGUUCACGUGUAACGAUUUUGUAGUUUCUCACUUCUUGACUACACACAUGUUUAUAUCAAAUUAGUUGUUUUUGUAUUUGUUAUUUGUGAGCUCAUGUCAUCAUUGAAAGUGUUCAUUACAGGUGUGAUAUGAAGCGCAUGUUGUGGGGUCUCACCUGUUUUAGAGCAGGCUCGCUGGUUGGCGCAAGUCAUCGUAUCCUAUUUGCGAAGAUCGAUGCAGAUGAUCACAGGAUUGUCUGGUCCAGACUCGAUUAUUUUCAGACCACCGCCAUAUAGCUGGAAUAUUGCUGAGUGCGGGUUGAAUAGGGAACACAUAACUAACAAAUUAUUUCAACAAAGGUAUUUUCUGACGUUAUUUUUAAUAAAAAGCGUUAUUUGUA